GGUUUUUCAUGUAUUUAUUACACGGAGAUUUAUAAUUAAUGUUGUUCAAGUACACGUACUCUUUAACAAACAACAAAUGUUGUGUACCUUACCAAAAAAAAAAAACAACAAAUGUUGUGUAAGUACAUAUUUUUUCCACAGACAACUAGCUUUUUAUGCGGGAGUUAUCUAUUUCUCCAUAGAUAAAUGGCUUUUUCUACGGGAGUAAUAAUUCGGAAUAUUAGAUGAAUCGUUCAAAAAAAAAAACGAAUUAAUGACAAAUAACCUAAAACUUAACAAAUGUCCAUGGUUAGCUUAAGGGAUUAGUAUAAUUAAUCACAGACGUAAAUAAUCAAUGAGAGGAGAGAACACUCCAACUCAAGUCAACUCUUCUUGUAUAUAUAUAGAGACAUAUUCCUCCUUGUAACGCACAGCAACAAGUACAAGAGAGAGAGAGAAAGAAUCAAAAACAUCUGUCGCGGAGAGAGAGAGAAAGAGAGAAAGAGAAAAAUGUCGAUGGCUUUGCUUUUGACAUCGCCGGCUAUGAAGCAGAAGCCGGCGGUGAUAACUUCUCCUCGCCGUGGUUCUUCUCCUUCUCGUCGUCUUCGAGUUUCUUGUGUUACCACAAACCCUGCUAGGAAGAAAAACGAAACAUGCAAUCAUUUUCGACCUAUCAAAGAAGUAAAUAACCAAUUAACACACACAAUACCACAGGAGAAGCUUGAGAUCUUCAAAUCAAUGGAAAAUUGGGCAGAACAAAAACUACUACCUUAUCUCAAACCGGUAGAAGAUUCAUGGCAACCACAAGACUUCUUACCUGCGCCAGAGAACGACGACGAAUUCUACGACCGAGUAAAAGAGAUCAGAGAAAGAACAAAAGAGAUACCUGACGAUUACUUUGUAGUUCUUGUGGGAGAUAUGAUCACAGAAGAAGCACUUCCAACGUAUCAAACGACGUUAAACACACUAGACGGUGUUAAGGAUGAAACCGGUGGGAGUUUAUCGCCGUGGGCUGUGUGGAUUAGAGCCUGGACGGCGGAGGAAAACCGUCACGGUGACUUACUCAACAAGUAUCUUUAUCUAACUGGUCGUGUUGAUAUGCGACAUGUUGAGAAGACUAUACAAUAUCUUAUUGGUUCUGGUAUGGAUUCGAAAUUUGAGAACAAUCCAUACAAUGGAUUCAUCUACACAUCAUUCCAAGAGCGAGCAACAUUCAUCUCUCACGGCAACACGGCUAGGCUAGCCACAACAUACGGCGAUGUUACCCUCGCGAAGAUCUGCGGCACAAUCGCUGCCGACGAGAAGCGACACGAGACGGCGUACACGAAGAUAGUGGAGAAGCUAUUCGAGAUCGACCCUGACGGAUCUGUUCAGGCGUUAGCGAGUAUGAUGAAGAAACGGAUCACAAUGCCGGCUCAUCUUAUGCACGACGGAAGAGAUAACGAUUUGUUUGAUCAUUACGCCGCCGUGGCGCAGCGGAUUGGAGUUUACACGGCGGCGGAUUACGCUGGGAUACUUGAGUUUCUGUUGCGGCGGUGGAAGGUGGAGAGUUUGGGAUUGGGGUUAUCAGGAGAAGGAAGGAGAGCACAGGAGUACUUGUGCACCUUGCCGCAGAGGAUCAAGAGGUUAGAGGAAAGAGCUAAUGAUAGGGUCAAACUUGUGUCAAAACCUUCUGUUUCGUUUAGCUGGGUUUUUGGUAGAGAUGUGAAACUAUAGAUAGAUAUUUAAAAUAACAAACAAACAAAAAAAAACCAAACAAAUAUAAAUAAAUAAAUUAUGUUUGUGAUCAGGUUGCAAGUUGUCACUUGUGAAUGUGAGUAACCAAACUAUAUAGUAUAUUUUAAUAAUUUUAUAUGGACA